GGGUAAUGGGCCUUGCGGUAACAAAAAGAGCGUCCCGGACUCAUCCUGCGGCUCACACCAGGAAAACAGCACUAGCCCCGUUGGGAAGCAGGUGCCUGCCGAGCAAACAUUAGCUCACAAAGGGGAAAAGUUGGGUUUUGUGCAUGAAGAUGCAGGCCUUUGUCCCCAAGAGCAGACGGCCCAAGUUCUCACUGACCUUACGCGUGAUCGACAUCAUCAAUGUGCCCCUUGGGGUGGGUACUGCCUAUGUGAAAUGGCAGCUACCAUCCUCGGCCUCUCCUGAACACUCUGGGGAAACGGCCAAGGUGCAGCUCCAGGCCCAUAGGGCGACCUGGGGUUACGAAAAGGCAUUAGCCGUCAGAUUGAUGGUUGACCGGAACCAUAUGCUUCAAGAGUGUGGGAUUCGCUUUGAUAUCCUCCAGGAAUUCUCACCCAACAGCCGCAGCGAUAGAUCGCUGCUUGGAAAUAUCGAUCUGAAUCUUGCUGAAUAUGUGGAAGAAGGUGAGGCAGACGAAGGUGUCGUCCGCCGCUACUUGAUGCAGAAUAGCAAGAUCAAUGCUACAGUGAAGAUCGGCAUUAUGAUGCACCAGAUUGAGGGAGAAAGCAAUUUCACUGCACCCCCUCUCAAGCCAGCCACAGUCUUCAGCGGGAUCGCCGGUUUCAUGAAUGCAGCGAAAGGAGAUUCUGAGGAUGCAGGUCGCGUUCCUUCUUUUCACCACAGAACCCGGGAGUUUACCGAGCUCCAUGAUCUUUAUUUCCGUAAUCUUGCAGCGUCCUGGGCCUCGCAGGCUGGAGAGUUGCCGCCGGACCAAGUGAUCGAGGACAUUUUCGCCGGAGGGGAUGGUUGGGCAUCGGGACGCCCGAGCCUGAAGGUCGGUGAUGAUGACGAGGAGGAUACUGGAUAUCUCAGUGAUACUUAUUCUCGACGCACGACUCGAAAUAAAUCUCCUGCACGCAGUACGAGAUCGGGAGACUCGCUGGGAACUCAUCUACGAAGCCAUAGCAAACAUUCAGACUUCUCUUUCAGCUCCGACGUCGGCGGUAAGGACCUUAAAGGAAAAGGAAAACGGCGAAAGAAUCGUGAGGUGGACGAAUUUGAAGUUCGUGAAGAUCUUAGAAGCUGGGAAAUCUCAUGGGCAAAAUGACUGCAUUCAUUCUGCGCGUUUCCAAAUUACGAUGGGUCGCCAAAUUGGUUGUUUUGCCAUACGUUCUAAGUUUAGCCUCACUCAGCAGCUUUUACUGUCGGAAAUCUUCUGCAUUGGCCUUGGGAUUGCUUUCUUUCAUAUUGUAUGAUACCAUGACGGCGAAAGGGAUGGCAUGGUAGGCGAUUCUGGCUGGCGUUGAAGGGAUUUUAAUGCAUACUUUGACUAAUGGCAGAU